AUGGCCAACUCCAUCAUCGAGCUGGCCUUUGUCACCAACAUGGUCAGUUGGCUGCACGGCACAGCCAGUGCAACAUUCUCCAUUGCGUCCAACGGCACGACCUUUGAUCUAAUCGGCGUGCCGAGAAAUCUUCUAGUCGACCAAGGACACUCCAGCAAUGGCGCCGCAGGAACGGCAUUCGUCAUCGUCGGCCUCGGCGGCGUGCUUGCCCUCUGGCUCCAAGGCAGGUCAAUGCAUCGCGGGCAGAAUUCAAGCAACCUCAUCUACCGCACGUGGCUGCUGUUUACGGUUCUGGCCACCGUAUUCACGCUCGCCACGCUGGCUUACGUCUUUGCUGUAACAAACAGCCACAAGGGGCAGGUUAUUGACGUUGACCUCGCCGCUACGCUUGUCGACACGAGAUACCCCAGAGACAACUGGACGCCGCAGGGGUGGUUUGGAGCGGUUUUGCGUCUGGAUCUGGCGAGUGCGAGCAAGAGGAGGGAUGUCAUACAGCACUUGCGCAUCAUGCAUGGAUGGCAGUAUAAUUUGAUUCCGAUGUUUCUUCUGCAACUCAUUCUGACUGUUCUUGCCGUUGUUGAUGCUACUGAGGUUCGGAAGUGGAGGAAAGUUGAGUCUGUUGAGGAUUAUAAGUGA